AUGCCGGAGGGACACUCGGAGGUGACCAGUGGGGACGCCUAUCGCCAGGUGCCCAGGGGAGGAGGGGCCAAGGGGGAGGGGAAGGAGGAUGCUCCCCAGCCGCUCUACCAGCCUCUCUCCCCAGCCCUCUCUCCCAACCACUCUCCCACCCACUCUCCCACUCCUCUCCCAGAUGCUCCCCCAGCCACUCUCCCUCCCCUCUCCCAACCACUCUCCCACUCCUCUCCAGAUGCUCCCCAGCCACUCUCCCAGCGCGCCACUCUCCCAGAUACUCUCCCAGCUGCUCUCCCAGAUACUCCCCCAGCCGCUCUCCCCAGCUACUCCCCAGCCGCUCUCCCAGCUACUCCCCCAGCCGCCUCUCCCCAGCCACUCCCCCAGCCGCUCUCCCCAGCCACUCCCCAGCCGCUCUCCCAACCUCUCUCCCCCUCCUCCCUCGCCUCUCUCCCCCAGCCGCUCUCCCCGCCCUCCAAAGCCCACCAGAAGACGUGA